UCAAUGGCGACAACACGGCGGCUAGCCUAGAGCUACAAAGGACACGCCUGAACCUGGUGUCGUCCUACAUGGCUCAUGAAGAAAGCGAUCCUCCCAGUGACCUCGUUCGCAAGAUUGCCAGCGACAGCGAGAGGUCGAAUACAAGCCUACUAAUAGGCUGCGAUGCCAACGCUCAUCACACCCAAUGGGGGAGCUCGGAUACAAAUGUAAGGGGUGAGUCACUUUUCAGCUUCAUCCUAAACUCCAACCUGAUUAUUGGUAAUCGGGGUAAUGACCCCACUUUUAUCAUAAAAAACCGUCAAGAGGUUAUUGACCUCACUCUAUUGUCUGACAAACUGUCAGACAUAAUGAAAAGUUGGAGAGUCCUAGAGGACCACUCCUUCUCCGACCACAGGUACAUCGAGACAAUCCUAUCGCUCGAAAGCACCAUACCCACUAGCUAUAUAAACCCAAGAAAAGCCAACUGGGAUACGUAUAGUGCAAAAAUCGAGAAAUUACUCCCCCCUAGCCCCAAAAUGCCCGGACACACAAGACGAUCUUAAUCGUCUUGUGGACAAUUUCACGGAAGCUUGCAACAAGGCCUUCAUGGCAGCUUGCCCCUCAACCAAACCAAGAGGGAAAAUGAAACCCCCCUGGUGGUCUAAACAUAUAGAUACCCUCCGGAAAGACUGCAGGACUCUCUUUAACACAGCCAAAAGCAGCAGCGAGGUAGCCCACUGGGAAAAUUACAAAAGUAAGCUAACCCUAUACAAAAAAGAAACAAGGAGAGCAAAAAGGGCCUCUUGGCAAAAAUUUUGCUCCGAAAUUGAGGACACGUCAGAAGCCGCAAGGCUACGCAAGAUCCUGUCAAAAACAUCC